UUCGCUCGGGUGACGUCAGCGCUCCGGUCCCUGCCGCAGCCGCUGCGUCCUCCGUGCCCGGCCGGAGCCGGAGUCCCCCGCGCCCCCCGCGUUCGGCCCAGCCAUGGCUGCGGUGGCGCUGAUGCCGCCGCUGCUGCUGCUGCUGCUGGCAUCUCCGCCCGCGGCCUCCGCACCAUCAGCCCGCGACCCCUUCGCCCCCCAGCUCGGAGACACGCAGAACUGCCAGCUGCGGUGCCGCGACGGCGACCUCGGCCCGCGGCCCUCGCAGGCGGGGCUGGAGGGCGCCUCCGAGUCUCCCUAUGACAGAGCUGUUCUGAUCAGCGCUUGUGAGCGUGGCUGCCGCCUCUUCUCCAUCUGCCGAUUCGUGGCCAGGAGCUCCAAGCCCAAUGCCACCCAGACUGAGUGUGAAGCAGCCUGCGUGGAAGCCUAUGUGAAGGAGACAGAGCAGCAGGCUUGCAGCCACGGCUGCUGGAGCCAGUCCCCCGAGCCUGAGCCGGAGCAGAAGAGAAAGGUCCUGGAAGCUCCAAGUGGGGCCCUCUCCCUCCUGGACUUGUUUUCCACCCUCUGCAAUGACCUCGUCAGCUCAGCCCAGGGAUUGGUCUCCUCCACCUGGACAUAUUACUUGCAGACUGACAAUGGGAAGGUAGUGGUGUUUCAGGGUUCCGUGGUCCCUUCCCAAGUGGUAGGUGAUCUCUCAGACCCUGUAGGUCCCCUGGACAAGGUGAGGAAGGCCAAGAUCCGGGUCAAGACCAGCAGCAAGGCCAAGGUGGAGUCUGAAGAGCCGCAGGACAAUGACUUCCUCAGCUGCAUGUCCCGGCGCUCGGGACUGCCUCGAUGGGUCCUGGCCUGCUGCCUCUUCCUGUCCGUGCUGGUGAUGCUGUGGCUGAGCUGCUCCACCGUGGUGACUGCGCCUGGCCAGUACCUCAAGUUCCAGCCUCUGACCCUGGAGCAGCACAAGGGUUUCAUGAUUGAGCCGGACUGGCCCCUGUACCCUCCGCCGUCGCACGCCUGUGAGGACAGCCCGCCACCCUACAAGCUGAAGCUGGACCUGACCAAGCUGUAGCCUCCACUGGCCCCAUCAUUGCCAAUCGCAGGGGCCCCCGGGCCUCACUUGCCCUGAGCCCAGGAGUCCAAGGCCAGGGUGGGACCAGCCUUGGCCUCCUCCACCCCCGAAUCCUUCCUCUCCUCCCAGUCCCGCCCCUGGCCCCACGGAGUCCCUGGGGACACAGUGCCCCAGCUGGGAGGAGGGCGGGAUGGGGCGCUGGUUCCUCCUUGUGCCCACUUUCUCGGGGGCUUGCUACUUUUUGUCUUCUAUUGUGUGGCUUUCUGAGUGUUUGAACCCCAGUCCCGUGUCGCCUUCCUUUUCCCUUCUCUCUCCCCUCUCUGCAGGGGCUGUCUCCCCUCUCUGCAGGGGCUGAGGCUGAGGGGGAGCUGCAUCUUGCUAGGGCUUCCCCCUUCUCUCCAUCUUGGUCUCCGGAGACCCAGCUUCCGAGAUGGGGCGUGGGCAGCUCCAUCUCCAACAGAGUGUCCCUGGGGCUCGUCCAGGGCUGGGGAGAAAUAAACCGUGUAUAUAAAAGAG